AUGGAACUCAACAGACUCCAAGAGAUGGGUGUUAUUACUUCAGUGAGCCAUAGCGAAUGGGGUGCACCAAUUAAAAGACAUUCGCUCGUUGAAGGAUGUCUCAUGACUGGAUAUGACAUCCCAAAUAAGCUGCAGAGCAGAUUGUUGAAGGAACUACACGUUGGUCACCCUGGCAUCGUGCGAUUGAAGAAGAUAGCCCGAAGCUACCUGUACUGGCCUAACAUUGACAAUGAUUGUGAAACCGUCGUACGAAACUGUUCUAGAUGUCAAGAAAACGCGAAUAACCCAAUCAAAGCGACAUUGGAACGUUGGCCGACUUCUACGCAUGUAUGGCAAAAAAUCCAUGCGGAUUUCGCCGGACCAAUGGACGGAAAAUAA